AUGCCUCCCAAGAAGGUAGACCAGCCUAAGAAGAAGAAGACCACGGUCGAGGACAAGACCUUUGGUAUGAAAAACAAAAAAGGUGGUUCCGCAAAGAAGCAGAUUGCCCAACUACAGGCUAUGGACAAGUCGAGCAAGAACCCAGAUGAGAAGAAAAAGCAAGCCGAGAAGGAGCGUCGUGAGGCCGACAAGAAGGCCGCAGAGGCAGCCAAGAAAGAGGCAAUGGAACUGUUCAAGCCCGUGCAGGUCCAGAAGGUGCCCUUUGGUGUCGACCCCAAGACUGUUCUGUGCGUAUUCCACAAGCAGGGCAACUGUGAAAAGGGCCGCAAGUGCAAGUUCAGUCAUGACCUGAAUAUCGAGCGCAAGGCGGCCAAGAAGGAUCUGUACACCGACUCCCGAGAUACCAAAACAGAGGAGGAAGAAAAGAAGAAGAAGGAUACUAUGGAUGACUGGGACGAAGAGAAGCUCCGCAAGGUUGUUGUCAGCAAACACGGUAACCCCCGAACGACCACCGACAAGGUCUGCAAAUACUUCAUCGAUGCUGUCGAGAACCAGAAAUACGGUUGGUUCUGGACUUGUCCCAAUGGUGGUGACAAGUGCAUGUACAAGCAUAGCUUGCCGCCUGGAUUCAUUCUGAAGACGAAGGAGCAGAGAGCGGCCGAGAAGGCCUUGAUGGACAAGUCGCCACUCAACACUUUGACGCUUGAAGAUUGGCUGGAAUCCGAACGACACAAGCUUACUGGCACACUUACACCGGUUACACCAGAGACGUUUGCCAUCUGGAAGAAGGGCCGCCUCGACAAGAAGGCCGCCGAAGAACAAGCCCGGACCGCCAAGGAAGCCACUGGACGUUCGAUGUUCGAGAGCGGCGACUGGAAGGCAGAUGAUGAGAGCAGUGAAGAAGAGGACGAGGAUGAUGGAGCUUUCAACAUUACAGCACUGCGGAGGGAGACCGAGAGGCUGCGCGAGCAGAGAGAAGAGGAGCGCCUGGCGAAGCUCAACGGACUGCCACUUCCAACGACGACACAAGACGCCGAUUGA